CUUCAGAAGGUGUGACGUAAAGGCAAUAACCCGAUUGAUUCUCAUAGAGGUCCAAGAGACAGGCGGAGCCCGGUGAUCACACGCGCACUUCGGCAAAAUCUGUUAGUAGGCUUAGCAUUAGGCAUUGUCAUCAAUGGACAACAUGAAUUUAUUUAUACUGGUGGCUACUACCAUUUUUUCAAUGGUUUUGGCUGAAAAAUCACCACGGCUGAAAUUCACGGUGACGGAAGCCCCUCGUUUUAGCUUCAAAGAUCCAGAGAACUACACAUCGGUUUACCACCAACAGGGAACUGAUGUCCUGUUUCUGGGGGGUCAAGGAGUAAUCUACAAGCUCACCUUCAGUGAUAAAGGAGUGCAAGACUUGAAGAUCCCAGUGGUGACGGAUGAGACCACCAAAAAGACAUGCCUUUUGAAAUCAGCAGUACAGAAGCAAGAGUGUGAAAAUUUCAUCACUGUAAUUCAGAAGGUCGGUGACUCCUUCAUUGUGUGUGGGACGAGAGCAGGUUCUCCUAAAUGUUGGCUCUUGGUGAAUGGCAGUGCAUUGACAGAAAUGCAAGGGGAAAUAUCAGAAAAUGACAUCUUGGCACCCUUCCCCUCUCAGCGUUCCAUUAGCCUGUCAGCAGAUGGGAAUCUGUACUCUGCUCUGUCAGUGGGUGCAGGACAGCCCGGAUCAAUUCGCCGCACCUUUGGCUCCAAAAAGCAGCUGAAGACAGAGAGUAAAUGGUUACAAAAUCCCCAGUUUGCAGGGGCUGCUGUGAUACCACACACCGAGAAAGUCAAAGACGAGUUGUAUUUCUUCUUUAGUGAGGUCAACAAUUCAGCUAGUCUAGAUGAAGAACCAUACAGAGCUCGGAUAGGACGAGUCUGCAUGGUUGAUGAGGGAGGGCUUCACAAUUUGCUGCCCAACUCGUGGACUACGUUCCUGAAGGCACGUGUGAUGUGCGGUAAAAAAGGAACUCCUGUACAGUACAACAACAUCAAGCAUGCAUUUGUUUUGACCUCUGACCUUCGCACUGGGGUGAUAUACGGCCUUUUCUCUAAUGCCUGGAACACCACUGUAGUGUGCGCAUACUCCAUUGAGGAAAUUGACAAUGCCUUUUCCACAUCGAAACUGAGGGGGUACAGCGCAGCAUUGACUUCUCCACGCCCUGGAACGUGUACUUUUAAGAAUAACACAGCAGCUCAUAACCAGAAGAUCCUGACUGUGAUCAGAGAUCACCCUGAGAUUGAAGACAUGAUCUGGCCAGUCGGGGAGGCUCCUCUGGACCUGCCGCUUCAGGACCACUUCACUCAUAUUGUGGCCGACACAGUACUUGCUGUCAAUGAUGAGCACUACACUGUCAUUUAUCUGGGCACAGAAAAGGGUAAAAUCCUGAAGGUUGUACAUACCAUAGAAGGAGCCUUUAUCAUAGCAGAGUACUCAUUAUUCAACGAUGAUAGUCCCGUCACCAACAUAGCCAUUGACUCCCAAAAGGGUCAUCUGUAUGUUGGCACAGAGCGAGAAGUACAGCGCAUCCCCUUGGCUGACUGUGGUCGUUACGGCGUCAGCUGUCGGGAAUGCAUUUUGUCCCGAGAUCCAUAUUGUGCGUGGGAUAAGGUUAAGAACAAAUGUACUGCUGUCCCAAAAGAAUUAGGCCCUAGGUCUCAAACUCUUUUUCAAACUCUUGAUCACUCCAACGCCUCUGUUUGUGGAGAAGUUACCGCUCCAAAGGCACGUAGCACCGUCCCCAAAGAAGUGUUAGUGGAUAAAGACGGACCAGUCUUGCUACCGUGCCCUGUUCGUUCUUAUCACGCCAAAUACCGCUGGGAAAAAGACAACUGCAUCAAGGAAUAUCCAUGCACUAUCUCUGGCUCCUCCUGUGUGCUGGCACCCACUCCCGCCCUUCCACUGAAGGAGGGCGUGUUUCGCUGCAUGGCGGAGGAGAGCGGUCUUCAACAGGAGGUGGUGUCCUACAAGCUAGUGUUUAACGGUGGGCACCUGUCCACUUCGCUAGCCUCCACCCUGGGCUCGGCCAUCCUGCUGGCUGCCGCGGCACACUGGCUCCUGUAGUUUGAAAAGAAACAAGAUGAAAAGUUUUGUGCUAAGGUCAGCAAAGCAUGAAUACUUAGGCCUGUUAAACUAAACUGCAGGGGAGAAGCUGUUCUCUGUAUAAACUGUGUUUUUUGUUUCUUAUUUGGAGCAAACAUAUCUAUAUCGCUUUUUUGUUCGAAGGGCCGAGAAAAUGCCUGAAAUUGUUUCAUUUUGCAAAACUGCUUUAAUCAUACCAAACUCCAGUGUUAUGUAUAACAUGAAGUGAUGUUUCAUGCCAUCAGCCUUUAAGCAAACAUUAACUAUAGACUUAACUAUAUAUAUUUAAAUAUCUAAUCCAUGUUUGCACCAUCAUUCCCAUGUUUCAGAGGACCGCUUUAUUAUCAACCAUCAUACGUGGAAUCUACAUUUUCGUAUUUUGGUUAGUUUUAUGAAAUAUAAUUUACAUGAGUGUCCAGAAUUAGAGUUACAGACCUGUUAUCUAUGAGAGUAUUGUCGAAACCUGAAUGUGCUGUUAAAUUUUCUCCAUUGUGUGCCAUAAUGACAGUUCUGAAGCCUUAAAACAAGGAUGAGUCUUUUGAGCUGUAAGGGUCUCAUCCUAAGCACAACUCACAAACCUGCUGGCUUUUCUUAAACAAUCAGCGUUCUGGCCCAAAUAUUAUUUCAGGAGCAUAUAGAGCGGAUUUAAACCUGUAUAUUACGCUUGAAGACACAAGACUGAUUUUCAACUUGUCAAGUCAUUUAAAUAUAAAAAUCAAAUCCAUUCAAGACAUCAAGCUGACAUCAUUGGAAAUUUCAUAGCGAACAACACAAUCAACCUCUGUUGCUUAAUGUGGGUUGACAAAAACAGCACCAUCAGAGAGUUUAAUGAUCUGUUACCGUGUUUAACAAGUAUACUUGAACACUUAUGAAUACAUAACGCCUGUAUUUCACGUCAUUUUCACCAUUCGGGUCAAUUGUAUACAUUGCAUUAAUUUUAAACGAUUUAGUGGUGAAAUAAUCUUGUGACAGAUGUGAGUGGAUUUUGUAGUUGCAGUGAAAAGCAGCUUGUGGUCAGUCUUACUGUACUUCUGUACUUAUGAUGUAGUUUUAAUUGUAAUGCUCUGCAUAUGCUGUUCUUCACCAUUGCUGCCUAUGAGAAUAGAGAAAAACUUCUGAUGGAUCUAAAUAGUCAUCAUGCACUAGGGUGGUUAGAGUGUAAAAUUGUCACCGUUUGACUUCACGUUAUAUAUUUCAUCAAUGGCUGUGGAUAAAACGUUAUGGUAGCUAUCAUUACAAAAUGGAGAAAAAUAUACUGUACUAACUAACACAGUCGGAAUUGUCAUCUGCACCUCUAAUACCACAAAUUUUCAUUUUUUUUCUUCUCUGAAAGCAACAAACCCAAAAUACAAAUACUGUCUUUAACCUUAUUCUUUUCUUAUUGUAUUUUGGAUGAAAUAAGAUAAUGGCUUAUGUAAUGAAAAAAUCAAUUGUUAUUUAACCAGAAGUGCUUUGUGUUUAUAGAUGUAACUUUAAUUGUUUAAUGUAGUUGUUUAUGUCCGUGUAAUUCUCUUUCUUGCUCUACUGCUCGUUAUUUUGGAUAUUAUUUAACUACUUAAAGUCUUUAGCAGGAACGUUAUAGGGAACCAUCAUUGUUUACUGCAGUUUUAUUGUUUCAUGUGGAUCUCUAGGUUGAUGUCUAGACGUCAUAUGAAAAUUGUCAAGUGUCAUAAAUUAAAGCCAUGUAAAUAGUCCAGGGACAGACAGUACCAUCACUGUACACAUUAAUGCAUUAGCUACUGAUGCUAGCUUGUGCUAACCUUCUGUUUGCAUGCUGAAUGCCACAGCGUUGUCGCCCUCUCUGUGUACUUGUAUCUUUGUCUCUUGGCCUAAUGUGCUCUACAGCACUAAAUGCAGGAAAGUUGUAGUGCCAAACUGAUGUUGUCUCCUUUUAUGUUAGAGAGCUUUUCUAACUUUUCCACUGUGCUUCUUUGCUAAACGUUUACCUUUUCUGACACACUUAUAGAGGAACCUAGAUACACAGACAUGCACGCACACUCAGAGUCACCUUUGGCAAUGUAAAUGACCUUCAAUAUAACAUUAAGAUCGUUUGUUUAUUAGUGUUCUACUCUCUGUUUUGUACACUGUCAGAAUAAAGGUACAAAAGCUGUCAUUGGGACUUGAAAAGGUCCUAAUAUGUAUCAUUAAGGUACAAAUAGGUACCAGUAUCUAUCUUUCAGGUUUUUGCAAGAAUCCUCCCUAUAGUGACAGCUUUUGUACACUUUUGUAAGCAGGGUCAUUUGUGACCCUGGACCACAAAACCACUCAUAAGUAGCACAGGUAUAUUUGUAGAAAUACCCAAAAAUACAUUGUAUGGGUCAACAAAAAAUGUAUUUAUCAUUAGUAAUAUGUGUUGCUAAGGACUUCAUCUGGACAAUUUAAAAGGCUAUUUCCUCAAUAUUUAGAUUUUUUGCAGCCUCAGAUUCUAGAGUUGCAUCUUAGCCAAAUAUGGUCAAUAACGAACCAUACAUCAAUGGAAAGCUUAUUUAUUCAGCAAAAAUCAAAGUUUGCCAAGUAUGUAUGAUUGGUUUUGUGGUCCAUGGUCACAGUUAUGUAAUUAUGUUUGGUCAUUGGUUGGUUAUUAUUUUAUCCUUUUUGCCUGAGACAAGUGAUUUUCCCAUGUAGAGACACUCACCACAGUCUGCUCAAAGCAUCUUGCAGCUGUGUAGGUCUGCACUUAAUGACUCCUAUAUGGUUACCAAAAAUUGUAACUUUUUUAAUGGAUUGAAGACCUUGUAAAAUACAAUAAUAUACAAAUCCAGUAACUGUUUCCCUGAAAAUGUGCAUUACAAUAAAAGUCAAAAUACUCUCCUGUA